GCCAGAGUUGUCUUUCCUGUUACAGUCACGAGAUCGUUGACGUUCAUCAUUUCGAGGGAAUUCUGAAAGGGGAACGACCGUAAUAUUGUGUAAAGAUGAUGUGUGGAGGAACUUCAGCGUCUAAACCUGCAGAUGCCGACAUUCAGGCAAUCGUCGAUGAGGUUAAAGGUGCAGUAGAAAAUAAGCUUGGGAAUAAGCUGGAUAAAUAUGAUGCAGUUUCAUACAAGACACAAGUUGUAGCUGGUACUAACUACUUUGUGAAGGUGAAUAUUGGUGAUGAACACCUACACCUGAGGAUCUUUGCCCCUCUCCCCCACACAGGAGCAUCAAAGGAGUUGUCAGACAUGCAGAGAGGAAAAACUGCCGAAAAUGACUUGGAAUAUUUCUGAUGUCAUUGCCAAGAUUGUGAAUGUGGAACUGCCGACAUAUCAGCAGGCAUCCCAUGUGGAACUAAAAGUGUUAAAAGUCUUUCCAAAAUCUCCAGAAUAGUUUUAUAAUUCAGUUGUACACCAAAACUUGAAUGGGAUAGAAAUAUGUGAUGCACUGAGUGAAGCAGUGUGUUGGUGACUAGAGGUCACUGUUUUCCUUUAUAUAAAUGAUUAAAUUUGAGACACAAUAAUUUUUUUAUUUAUAUUAUUUAGUAAUCUUGUUGUAAAUUGUGCAAUAAAAAGUCCUGUUAAAUCCAAA